CCGCCAUUUUGGUCAAUUGUGGUAAAUUUUGGGGCUGGAUUUAUCUUUUUAAUUUGUGGUGUGAAUUGUGUGGUGGAUUGGUUAUUAAAAUUCUUUCUUUCUUUGAUAAAGUAAUUACUGAUCUGUGUUCUUUGGCAAUUACUGUAGAAUCGCCACUAAUUGAAACAAACUCUCAACCAUUCAUCGUGAUUUCUUUUCCCUGUUAUUAAUUCUGACCGGAAUAGUUAUAGACCAAUACAUUUAUUUUGUCACUGAAUUUAAAGAUAUUUGUAUUUUAUAAACAUUUUGAAAAAAGUGUUAGCUUUGUUUAUAUAUUAUCAGGCUUGUUUUUUUAGGAAAUAUGUCCAGAUACGGUGAUUGCAAGGUUUAUGUCGGUGAUUUGGGUAACAACGCGAGCAAACCUGAACUUGAAGAUGCAUUUUCAUAUUACGGCCCGUUAAGGAAUGUUUGGGUGGCUCGGAAUCCACCCGGCUUUGCGUUUGUUGAAUUCGAAGAUCCUCGUGAUGCCGAGGAUGCGGUGCGAGGUUUAGAUGGUCGUACAAUAUGUGGCCGCCGCGCGCGGGUUGAAAUGUCGAACGGUGGACGCUAUGGCGGACGCGGGCCGCCACCGCGUUCCCGGCUGCCUCCGCGCCCGUAUGACGACCGCUGCUACGACUGCGGGGACCGUGGCCACUACGCCAGAGACUGCACGCGUCGCCGCCGGCGCAGGUUAUCAUUGGCCUGUGCGCCGAGAACGAACUCGUCAGUGUCUGCACUUCUUAUUGUCUGCGCUACGUAGCUUUCACUUCGCGGCGUGAGCGCCGCUAAUGUUGGCCACAUCUAACUUCGCUCUGCGAACUACGUAGCAGCGUGCACACUUCACUUGUCGCGAACUACAUUGCGAGUAAUGUUCGUUCUGCGCGUCGCUACACACGUCUAAUGUAAUCACUGCGUGCACUCACCGCUCGAGGUCCCGCCGCCGCACAAGGUCCCGCUCGCCGCGUUCUGGCUCCCGCUCUCGCAGUCGCAGCCGCUCACGCUCACGCUCACGCUCGAAGGGCCGUUCCGUCUCCCGGUCGAGAUCUCGUUCGCCAUCCAAA